CUACACUUACUGUCCAAUGAACCCAACCAAUAAACAAUAUCUGUUUAACAUUACAACUACUAAUAAAGCUGGGAAUGGAUCUACUAGUAACAUAACUGUUGGAUUUCAAUCAAGUUCACAGAUUUCAAUCAUUUAUCAAGAUUCUUAUACAUAUCAUGUAAACAAUUAUUGGUACCUUCAUUUUCUUUUAUCAGUAAGUUAACCAUACUCACACAACUUUGUUUACAUUUAAAGGCUCAUCAGUUGUGUACUGGAGUACCACUUGUUAAUAUUACAGUAACUGGUUGUACUGUUAGUAGUUCCAGUAGUACUUGUUAUUCAUCAACUAAUAUAACCAUUAAUCAUAGUGCCUAUAAUAACGUUUCACUUGUUGCUAUUAUAAAUCUUCCGUCAAGAGAGAGACUUAAUACUAAUAUUAUUUUAUACUAUGAAAAUGGAGUAAAGUUUGAAAGCAACACUAUAACAAUCAAUACUUACGAUCUUCAGCACAUAUCAUUGGUUAAUACUACAUUUAACAAAGUUUGUCUUCAAUUUCUGUUUGUCAUUGGCAGCACCACUGAUAUUAUUUAUAUUCACAUCACUAAUUAUGAAGAGCCAGUUCAUCAACCAGUGUAUUACAAUAUACCUCUCAAUCAUCAGUUGAACUUUACUCAGUGUAUUACUAACAUACCAGCUGGUAAUAACUUAACACUGUAUGCAUGUGAAUCAAUGGAGGACUGUACUACUAAUCCUGCUGCUGUAUUAACUGGUAUUUAUAUUAAUGAAGUUCCUAUAGUCUCUAAUACUAUGUUGACAAGCUACAUAACAACUACAAUUUCAUCAGUUUCAUCUUCAGUUAGAGCUACCAUGAUGAUGGAGGAUUGUAAUAUAAGGGAAUGUCAAAGUGAAGUACCUGUUACUAGUGCAGUACUGAUUAGUGUAUUGGGUGUAUUCCUCAUACUAUCACUAAUGAUUAAUGUUAUUACAUUAACUGUGUGUUACUGCAAGAGGAGACAGGAUGAUCAAAGUUCACAAGAGCAAGAACUAUCAUCAGUUAAUCCACAGUAUGAGAAUGUACAUCUACCAGUUCCACAAUCAGAACUAUCAAUAAAAGAAUGUGCUGCUUAUGGUGUAGUGGAAAGAACUAGAUUGUAAGACUGCGUGAUAAUAAACUUUUGAAAGUAAAUUUUGUGCUAAGCAUUUUAAAUUUU